CAUCACCAAAUCAUACAAGCUAGUCAUGGAGCUUCAAGAAGCAGGGUCGUCAAUGGCCUCGCAAGGUAGGCUACGAGCAUCCUCACCUGCCAUCAGCGCUGACGAUGGGAAUCGCGCCUCUUCUGCCGCCCUACCAUCACCGCGAUCCCAUCGGAGGCGGCGGCGGCGCACGCUACGUCGUGUGAUGAGCUGCUCUUUCCUCUCCCUCUUCCUCGCCCUCUUCAUCGCCUUGGCUCUCCCACUUGUGGCACCUACUCUAUUUAUCACGCCGGCUCAAGCUCAGCAGGUGCAAGACUUCUUCGAGGCGGGCGCAGCAGAGACGCGGCCCCCGAUAGCGGAAGAGGCUGCUCUCUACAGUAAUGGCAGCGAGGUCGAGUCGGCUCAGGGAGGAGGUAGAGGGAGCGCAGGAAGUAGAAGUCAUCGUGGACAUACAGACAAUUGGGCAGUCCUAAUCUGUGCUAGUCGCUUCUGGUUCAACUAUAGACACAUGGCCAAUACCCUCGGCCUCUAUCGAGUAGUGAAGCGUCUGGGUAUUCCCGACUCUCAAAUCAUCCUCAUGCUAGCAGACGACGUAGCUUGUGAUACCCGCAACAAGUUCCCUGGCAACGUGUGGGCAGACGCCAAUCGCGCCAUUGACCUGUAUGGAGAUGAGAUCGAGGUCGACUAUAAAGGUAGAGAGGUGACGGUGGAGAAUGUCAUCAGGCUCCUGACUGGACGUCACCCCUCUUCACAUCCCUCUUCCAAGCGUCUCCUCUCCACAUCUACUUCCAACGUCCUCCUCUAUCUCACAGGUCACGGCGGUGAAGACUUUCUCAAGUUCCAAGACGCCGAAGAAUUGGGCGCUUGGGAUCUGGCAGAUGCAAUUGCGCAGAUGAGGGAGAAAAGGCGGUAUAAUGAGUUGCUGUUGCUCGUCGAUACGUGUCAGGCUAGCUCGAUGUACAGUAAGCUCUACUCGCCGGGGGUCAUUGGAGUUGGGAGCGCACUGACGGGUCAAAACAGCUAUUCGCACCACUCCGACUCGGAUCUAGGCAUCGCCCUCAUCGACCGUUUCACUCGGCAUAUCCUCUCCUUUCUCUCCUCAAUCGAAAAGACGUCCAACGUCCGGCUUGUGGAUCUCUUUGCCAGCUUUGAUCCAAAGCAACUCUACUCCACACCGGGCAUACGCACCGAUCUCUUUGAAGGAGACGAUGGAUCGACGAGGAGGCUGGAGGAUGUCAAGCUCACUGACUUUUUCGGUGGGAGGAGAAGAGGAGUGCGCGUACUGCCGCCCAGCGGAUGGAGGACAGGUGGUGAGCGAGCCUCUCAGCGCAAAAGGCUCGACCUUGUACAGGGAAAACCAUUGUUACAAUUUCCUUGAGCUAUCCAAAGUCACGAUUUCCAUAGAGAUUCACAUGCUCACGCU